AUGGGAUCGUCUUCCCUAGCUACAGACAUAAGCAUCGCAGAUGAUAUCGCCAGAGUGAAGUAUUACAGAAACACUGUAUGCGGCCAUGCAUCUCAAGCCUUUGUGGAUGACAUUAGUUUCAGUGCUUACUGGCAGGAGAUACGAGAAGCCUUGGUGAGACUGGGAGGAGCUCAUCUUAGAGCUGAAAUCGACAAUCUUGAGCACGAUUGCAUGGAUCCAGAUGUCGAGGAGCAUUAUCGUGAACUGAUGAAACAAUGGAAGAAAGACGACGACAGCAUCAAAGACAAGCUUGAAGAAAUUGAAAGUAAGAAAAAUAUUGUGUACUGCCAAUAUGGAUGAAUCAGAAGACUAGAAAAGUGUAUAUUUCAGUAUUUAUUUCAGUUAACACGGCAGUGUAGGCUAGCUCAUGAUGUUUUAGUUUUAGUCGGAACUAGUUUCAUUUUUGCGUUGUGUGCAAAAUGAAGAACUAAUCCAAAUGUUGACACUAUGUUUUCAUUCGCAGUAUUUUUGUCUGUUCGUGGGUACUCGUGUACAACUGUUGGAGUGCGUUUUUGUAAUUUCUAAGCGUCUUAUUGAGUUUGAUCUAUUCGGAAUCGACUAGAUAUUGGUAUACCUAUCAUUGUUUUAUCUGCACCUAACGUGAAGCUGUGAUAUAAAUUUGCUUAUGAAAAUGCGCAUUUUUUUUUUAAUUUUCAGAUUCGCUGAAAAACGCGAAAAGCAUUAUGGAGAGAAACUUCAGAGACACAAUUAAGAAGAUAGAGAUUGAAAUGAAAGAGGUGAAAGAAAAGCUGAGUAGUCUGACGGCCUCAGCUGAAAAAAGCGGACAAGAAGGUUAGUUGGUAGAAAGAGCUACUCACAACAAAAAAAUUAUUAAGAGCGACAAUGUUUUCUUGUGUUCAUAACGCAGCUCACGUUCAUCGCUGGAUGUCGGCCAACACAGCAUACUUUAGUUCUUUACUAGUGUAAGAACACACCCUACAUGAAGGUUCUCUGUAAUCCGUGGGAUGCCACGGAAUCUGAGAUUUUCCGCCCUGGCUUCCUCUCGGAUUUGAUAGUGUUUUAAUAGCACUCAUACAUGUGUAUAAUCGUAGGCGAGAUAGGUUAUAGUCUUAUUUUAGUAUUACCUUUCUUAUAAUGAACCUAACUUCCUAGAAGCGUUAGAUGUGACCCACAUAUUUCUCAAUGAAAUAGCCAAAUCCUUCCUCCUGGUGUAUUGUGGAUUAUUCAAUUCUGCAUGGGAAAAUAGUUAAAUGAGGAUCGUCUUGAGUAAAAUGGGUUAGAAUAAGAUGUAUGUGGAUAUUCUACAUUUACUUCGAAAAAGACUGUAGGCAAAACUUCCCUCUUUAUCGCAGGCGGGUCUCUAGAUUUCUACAGCUUUUUUUUUUUUUUUGCAUGAUGAAUCACCGCGGUGUAGGGUAACUCAUGAUGUUUUCAUUUUGGACGGAACUAGUCACGUAUUUGGAACAUUAUUCUUGUGUUAUGUAUGAAAAAUGAAGAUUAACCCAAAUGGUCACACUGUGUUUUCAUUGGCAGUAUUUUUGUGUGUUGGUGGGUUCUCGUGUAAAACCACUGGAGUGCAUUUUUGUGAUUUCUAAGCGUCUUGUUGAGUUUGAUCUAUUCGGAAUUGACUAGAUAUUGAUAUACGUAUCAUUGUUUUAUCUGCGCCUAAAAGUGAAUCUGUGAUGUAAACGUGCGUAUGAAAUUCCUUUUUAUCUUUCUUACAUUUCACCUUCGCUAGGUGACCUCAGAGACACAACUGAGAAGAUAGAGAUUAAAAUGAACGAGGUUUUACAGAGGCUUAGUAGCCAGACGACCACAGUGGAAAAAAGCACAAAUGAAGGUUGGUUGCUUGAAAGUGCUACUCACAGAUAAACUGAACUAUAAACAGGGAUUCUGUUAACUUGAGUACAUAACACAUCUUUUGAGCAUUACUACAUCGUUCGCUUAAUGUCGGCCAAUUUUACAUUUUUUUAGUUAAUGUAUUGUUGUAAGAGCACACCCUGGCUACCAAUCUACUCUGGCUUCAAAUGAAGAUACUGAGUAAUGUAUGGAAUGAGAGGGAUGGCACGGAAUCUGAGGCUAUCUCUGGGAUUGGAUAAUUUUCUGACAGUACUCGUACACAUUUAGCCGAGAAGGUUAUUGUCUUACUCUAGUUUUACUUUUGUUAAGGACAUAAUGAGAAAUGAAAGGGCAGAAAGGCGUUCUUUGGUUUUUGUUAAUUAGUUCCUACAUUGUCUCUUUUGACCGACAAGAAUCUUACUGAGACUAUCGGCUCCAAUGUUAUCAAUAUCUAUCUCCCGAGUUUCACUAUUAGAAACCGCUGAAGCCGAGCCAUAAGCUUUUUUAGAAUGUUAUUUAAAAUUUAGAAAAAACCGAGGAAGGGAAAAGGAUCUUUCUAGUUAACUUUUAAUGAAUAAAGUGACUCUCACUCGGACUAAAAGUUCCAAUGUUAUUCCACGAAAGGGUCUCUUGACGAAAUGAGAGGCGAAAUGGCAAAGAUGGACAGCGAACUAAAAGAAGUGAAAGAAAAGCUGUCUACUUUGGCAGCCCCAGUGGGAGAAAGCAAGGGUGAAGGUUAGUUGAAUUAUACAAUAAAAGUUGUCCUGCUUAACCGCAAAUUUAGCCUUAGUAAACAUGUCCUGUAUGUAAGAGCGAGAGAGAGUGAGAGAGAUAAUCCUAUGUUAAAGAGAUUCAGCUCUUUAAUUUAAACAAUCUCUGGAAUAGUCUCUGCGGUGUACUUUCAUUCCCUUCAAUUGUUUAAACGUUCACUCGUUAUUAGCCUGGAAACAUUAUAUUUUUAUUAAAAUGUAGAACGAUGUAAAAAUAACGUACAGUUUUAACGAAAAUAUUGACGUUAAGUUCGACUCGAUGUUAGAAACUAACAGAGUGGGUUCGACUGAAUUUAUAAUCUAAAUGGCUUUUGGUCAGUAAAUUAACAUGAAUCAUACAUUGAUACCUUUUCAUCGUCCAAGUAAUUUCUUUGGCAAUGGUGUCGUACUCGUUCACUUAUUUAAAUUCAGUGCCGAAUACCUAGUGGCAUUAGAUGUAAUCCGCAUAUUUCUGAAUAAAAUAACCAAACCCUUCCUGCACUCAUAUUGUGGAGUAUUCAAUUCUACAUGGGAAAAUAGCUGAAUGAGGAUCGUCUCGAGUAAAAUAGGUUAGAAUGAGAUGUAUGUGGUUAUUUUACAUUUCCUGAGGAAAGGACUGUUGGCAAAACCUCCCACUUCAUAGCAGGCGAGCCUCCGGUUUUCUGCAGCACUUUUGAUGAAACCGCGCGACAAAGAAGGCAGAAAGGCGUUGUUUGGUUUUCAUUUAUUAGUUCGUAGUCUCGCUAUAUUCCGAAAAAGCCUUGCUCAGACUACGGCUCCAAUAAUAUGAAUACUUAUCUCCCGAGUAAUUUAUUUUACAACAGAUUUUCACUGUCAGACAUCGCUAAAAACGAACAAACAGAGUAGGUUCAACUUAAUUGAAAAUCUAAAUGGCUUUUAAAUUAGUAGGCAUGAAUCAUACACUUAAACCUUUUGCAUCGUCAAAGUAAUUUCUUUGGCAACGGUAUCGUACUCAUUCGCAUAUUUAAAUUCAGUGCCGAAUACCAGAGAUGUACCACAAUUUUCAAUGCUGCAUUCAUUAGAUUUAUUACCUAUUUUGCUACUGCUAGGUGUUUUUGAUCCAACUGAGCUUAUCAAUGGAAUUCGCCAGCUGUACAAGACUCGCGAGGGAUGGCUCUCACCAUUUCCAUGGUGUGAAGAGUUUCAGUUUUUUCUUGGCAAUAUUUUUACAAGGCUUAAAGUGGUCAGAAGAAAGAAAACGAGAGGAGAAAUCACUGACGUAUUUGUUGACAUGUCGUCAAUACUAGACCCGUAUGAAGAGUGUUCAGCGCCGAGAACAGUGUUGAUUGAAGGAGAACCUGGUAUGGGAAAAACCACCUAUUGUAAAAAGUACGUCUACGACUGGGCCACAAAACAGCAAGCACCUCAAGGCUGCGGCUCAACAGCAUUUAAAGUGGUAUUGUUGCUGAAAUGUCGAGAUAUCCACUCUGACGUUUGGGAAGCCAUUGAUGAUCAGCUGCUGCCCCUAGGCAUCGAUGAAAAAGUCAAAGAACAAUUUUUUCAGUUUAUUCGUGAAAAUCAGUCCAGCAUUUUAUUGAUAUUGGAUGGAUUGGAUGAGUUACCAUCCGGGAAAUUGUCGAUGUUUUCCAAAUUAAUUGAAGGAAGAGAACUCCCCAGAUGCCACAUAGUUGCAACAGCAAGACACGAAGCUGGAAAAGAGGUGAGAAAAUGUUGUGACGCGCUGCUUCAGAUCGAAGGAUUCACUAUAAAGCAUGUGAAAGAAUUUGUCACCAAGUACUUUAAAGAAAGGACGGAUUUAGCCACCAAGCUCUCGCAACGGAUGUCGCGAGAUAAAAACCUAAGAGAAAUAGCGGCCAAUCCUCUAAACACAGCACUUCUUUGCCUUUUUUGCGAAGAGUUUGAGGGCACACUCCCCGAAAGCAGAGCUCAACUGUACUUGGAUAUGGUUGAAUGUGUUUUGAGAAGAUAUAGAAAAAGGAAGGGACUACUAGAAACGAUCGAAGACUUGACAAACUAUUACAAACCGCAAUUGAAUCACCUUGGAAAGGUAGCGUUGAAUGGUUUACUUGACGAUAAGUUGGAUUUUAAUGAAAGUGAAUUGAGAAACCAUGCAAAAGACCUGACUGAAUUUGGAUUUCUGUCAGUGCAGCCUGGUGGCAGCAAACUGAGACAAACACUGCAUUAUGCCUUCUUACAUAAAAGUUUUCAAGAAUUCUUUGCAGCACUCUUCAUUUGUUCUCAGAUUCAAAGCAAGGAAAUGAAACCUGAAGAACUAGUUUCCGAUCCAAGGUAUUUCGUUGAACUUAAACAAAUACUUUUGUUUUCAUGUGGAAUUUUGGCCAUGAAAUGCAAUGAACAAGUUGUGGCUCUUGUAAAGAGUUUAACAAAUGAAGUCAACAAAAAUAAAGGAUGUGGUACAAAAAUUGUAUUGGAAGCCAUCAACGAAUCUAAAAGAGAAAAAAGCGAUUUUCACUCGUAUUUAUCGAAGUCGUUUGGAACUGGUUUGAAUCUGACCAAUUUGAAUUUGUUAAAUAAUGAUAUUAGUGAUGCGGGUGCUACAUGUAUUGCUGAGGCAAUCAAAGUGAACAAGACGCUAACCAAUUUGGAUUUGUCUUUCAAUGGUAUUAGUGCUGCGGGUGCCACAUGUAUUGCUGAGGCAAUCAAAGUGAACAAGACGCUAACCAAUUUGGAUUUGUCUUGGAAUCGUAUUAGUGCUGCGGGUGCUACAUGUAUUGCUGAGGCAAUCAAAGUGAACAAGACGCUAACCAAUUUGGAUUUGUCUGGGAAUGAUUUUAGUGCUGCAGGUGCUACAUGUAUUGCUGAGGCAAUCAAAGUGAACAAGACACUAACCAAUUUGAAUUUGUCUGAGAAUGAUUUUAGUGCUGCGGGUGUUACAUGUAUUACUGAGGCAAUCAAAGUGAACAAGACGCUAACCAAUUUGGAUUUGUCUCACAAUGGAAUUAGUGCUGCGGGUGCCACAUGUAUUGCUGAGGCAAUCAAAGUGAACAAGACGCUAACCAAUUUGAAUUUGUCUCGGAAUCGUAUUAGUGCUGCGGGUGCUACAUGUAUUGCUGAGGAAAUGAAAGUGAACAAGACGUUAACCAAUUUGAAUUUGUCUGGGAAUGAUUUUAGUGCUGCAGGUGCUACAAGUAUUGCUGAGGCAAUCAAAGUGAACAAGACGCUAACCAAUUUGGAUUUGCGAAAGAAUGGUGUUAGUGAUGCGGGUGCUACAUGUAUUGCUGAGGCAAUCAAAGUGAACAAGACGCUAACCAAUUUGGAUUUGCGAAAGAAUGGUGUUAGUGAUGCGGGUGCUACAAGUAUUGCUGAGGCAAUCAAAGUGAACAAGACGCUAACCAAUUUAAAUUUGCGAAGCAAUGGUAUUAGUGAUGCGGGUGCUACAUGUAUUGCUGAGGCAAUCAAAGUGAACAAGACGCUAACCAAUUUAAAUUUGCGAAGCAAUGGUAUAAGUGAUGCGGGUGCUACAUGUAUUGCUGAGGCAAUCAAAGUGAACAAGACGCUAACCAAUUUGGAUUUGCGAAAGAAUGGUGUUAGUGAUGCGGGUGCUAGAAGUAUUGCUGAGGCAAUCAAAGUGAGCAAGACGCUAACCAAUUUGAAUUUGUCUCGGAAUGAUGUUAGUGAUGCGGGUGCUAAAUGUAAUGCUGAGGCAAUCAAAGUGAACAAGACGCUAACCAAUUUGGAUUUGUCUUACAAUUAUCUUAGUGAUGCGGGUGCUACAUGUAUUGCUGAUGCAAUCAAAGUGAACAAGACGCUAACCAAUUUGGAUUUGUCUUACAAUUAUCUUAGUGAUGCGGGUGUUACAUGUAUUGCUGAGGCAAUCAAAGUGAAGAAGACGCUAACCAAUUUAAAUUUGUCUGGGAAUGAUUUUAGUGCUGCGGGUGCUACAAGUAUUGCUGAGGCAAUCAAAGUGAACAAGACGCUAACCAAUUUGAAUUUGUCUGGGAAUGAUUGUAGUGCUGCGGGUGCUACAAGUAUUGCUGAGGCAAUCAAAGUGAACAAGACGCUAACCAAUUUAAAUUUGCGAAGCAAUGGUAUUAGUGAUGCGGGUGCUACAUGUAUUGCUGAGGCAAUCAAAGUGAACAAGACGCUAACCAAUUUAAAUUUGCGAAGCAAUGGUAUUAGUGAUGCGGGUGCUACAUGUAUUGCUGAGGCAAUCAAAGUGAACAAGACGCUAACCAAUUUGGAUUUGCGAAAGAAUGGUGUUAGUGAUGCGGGUGCUACAAGUAUUGCUGAGGCAAUCAAAGUGAACAAGACGCUAACCAAUUUAAAUUUGCGAAGCAAUGGUAUUAGUGAUGCGGGUGCUACAUGUAUUGCUGAGGCAAUCAAAGUGAACAAGACGCUAACCAAUUUAAAUUUGCGAAGCAAUGGUAUUAGUGAUGCGGGUGCUACAUGUAUUGCUGAGGCAAUCAAAGUGAACAAGACGCUAACCAAUUUGGAUUUGCGAAAGAAUGGUGUUAGUGAUGCGGGUGCUACAAGUAUUGCUGAGGAAAUCAAAGUGAGCAAGACGCUAACCAAUUUGAAUUUGUCUCGGAAUGAUGUUAGUGAUGCGGGUGAUACAUGUAAUGCUGAGGCAAUCAAAGUGAACAAGACGCUAACCAAUUUGGAUUUGUCUCAGAAUGGAAUUAGUGCUGCGGGUGCCACAUGUAUUGCUGAGGCAAUCAAAGUGAACAAGACGCUAACCAAUUUGAAUUUGUCUCGGAAUCGUAUCAGUGCUGCGGGUGCUACAUGUAUUGCUGAGGAAAUCAAAGUGAACAAGACGCUAACCAAUUUGGAUUUGCGAAAGAAUGGUAUUAGUGAUGCGGGUGCUACAGGUAUUGCUGAGGCAAUCAGAGUGAACAAGACGCUAACCAAUUUGGAUUUCUUUGGCAAUGGUUAA